AUGUGUUUGGGAAUGAAAUCAAAUGAAAAUAAAUGCUUUUCUAAUUGGCUUUUAGAAGUUGAAAAUAGAAUAAAUACUUCUAAACUACAUAAAAUAAUUCUACUUCCUGAGUACAUAAAAGUUGAAAUACUUAAUGAUGAAUACCUAAAUAAUAGAAUAAUUUUAUUUGCUUACAAUAAUAAUGUUUAUGAUAUUAAUUGUGCUGUUCUUGACAUGUUUUCUAGAGAAAAACAUAUAUAUUUAAGCACUAAUAGUGCUAUUAUAGAAGAUAAGACUGACAACUACAAUAUAUAUCUUAUUGAGUAUUUAAACACUCUUAAUCUAUCUGAAAUGCCACCUUCUAAACUUGACUUUAAAAUCAGAUGUCUUAUUAUUCUUCUUCGCAACUUUGCUUCUUAUUAG